ACUUGGUCCAUCAAUAUUGUUUGUACAUUGUUCGCCAGUUCGUUAUUAUACGCUUAGUCAAGUAGUUCGUGAUAGUCAGAAUAUUUUAUAUGUUCGUCAAUCCAUCGUCCGUUUUGAGGAAUCUUUACUCGUUCCGCGUUGAAGCUUUGACGUGGUAAAAUGGCUAGCUUAGGUUUUCUAAUACCUCUUGCGGCGUUGCUGUGGGUGGGUCAUGCUGCUGAUUUUCGCAUUUCGAUUCAUCACAAUCACUCCCGUGGAAUAUUUGAUUUCGCUACAAAACCUUCCAUCGAAGUCGGAAAACGACUCCGCAAUCAAAAUCGAAAAUUGGAUAAAACUUUCGCUUUCGAAAAAGGCAUCGGAUACUACUACCAAUAUGAUAUCAUGCUGAAACCGUAUGAACUGUACAGAGGUAUUAGGUCUCCUGCGAGAUGGCCGGGUGCUAUUGUCCCCUAUCAGAUAACUGGAUCAUUUACUUCCAAAGAACUUGCCAACAUACAGACUGCAAUGAGUCAGUUCGCUUCGACCACAUGUGUCAGAUUUGUACCACACACCACCGAGAAGCUUUACGUGAGUAUUGAUAGUGGAGAAACUGGUUGUUGGUCCUUUCAGGGACGAAGCACGGUAAAUAAGCAGAAUCGGGUGAAUCUACAAACGCCUUACUGUACCGAAACAUUCAUAGUUGUUCACGAGCUAAUGCAUGCGCUAGGAUUCAUCCACGAAUUUACCAGACCGGAUCGUGACAGUUGGGUAUCGAUUAAUUUGGGAGCUUUGGAACCUCAGUAUCAGACGGCCGAGUUCUAUCUAAGAGCUUUCGCGAUACAAUCGGUUGCUCAAGAUGAGCUGCACAGAAUUCCUUAUAACUACGGUAGUGUGAUGCACUACUCCAAAUACGGAGGGGCUGCCAGUUACAGUACACCAGUGAUGACUAAUUUGCAACCAUGGGAAGGUGAUUUUGGUAACACUACCGGUCUAUCGGAUCUAGAUAUUUUUAGAGUCAAUUACAGGUACUGUAAUUCUACUAUCACUACUGCGACGACAUCAGCAGCACCGAUCAAAUUCCGAAGAACUACUUCCAAUGCAACGGCCAAGUCUACUAAAGGAAAUUCUACAAGCACCAAGCCAUCCAAUUGAACUGCUAGAACAACUACACCAUUAUGGCAUAUUAGUAAUCGAUGAUUACUAAUUGUUGAUAAUUAAUGAGCGUAAAUGAUUUCGACUGCUUAUUUUAUAAGAAUAAUAGUCUGUGUCAUUUUCGGGUAGGAUCAACAACAGCGGAUCUGUAACA